GAUUGGCUCCUCGCUAAAUUAGAGUCUCGCCGACCUGAUAUGUCUCUCAAAGAUAGAAUAAAAAGGGAAAAAAGCACUAGCUGAACUAGAAACCCAUCGACAAAACGGUGAGGAAGAUCUCCGGUUAGUGGGUUUUUGGAUAGUCAGGUCUUGGAAGCGAAUACUACCAAGACCUGUGUGGAUAGGCUGUUCUACCUAGGAGUUUUAUAUGCCAACGCUCGUAGUAUAAGUUCUAUAAACUAGAAACAUUAGUGGACAGAUUAAGGCCACUCAUCGUAGCAGUGACAGAAACUUGGUUAGUCCAUGACUCGGACUUAGCUUAGCUGAUGACUUUAUUUUAAAGCACACUCAUCUUUGGAGUGCAAAUACUAGAUGCUUGAUAAUAGGAGACUUUAAUGCACCUGAUAUUAGUUGGACUGAGAUGACCACGGAAGGAUCUAUAAACUCCUUUGAUAGUAGGUUCCUGAUAACAGUAAUGGAGCACGCAUUAGUGCAGCAUGCAUCCAAACCCACACGUUUUGGUGCUAACCAAGGUUCUUCUCUGUUGGACUUGGUAAUCACUCAUGAAACUCAGGGUUGGUUGGGCCACGUGUUACGUAUGCCCAAACACCAAUUACCACGACAUGCAAUGCUAACGGGUGUUCGGGAUGGUUGGAAGAAAGUUAGGGGCGGCCAAACCAAAACGUGGCAUCAGUGCUUGAAGUCACUAACUUCUAGUCUGAACCAUGUUGGUAAGUGCAAACCACUUGGUUGGGGUCCGCGUGACUAUCGUAACCAAUGGUUAGAGACUUGGUGACAUGACUCAGAAUCGAUCACAAUGGAGUCGGUGUAUACACUCUCUGUCUUCCCUUAAACCGUGAGAUUAAAAUUACUUUAUACCUUUCUUUCUACCAGCUAAUUCUUUCUAUAUGUACUGUAUCCUUAUAUGCAAUCUUUCUUUUAUAUAUUACCACCACUGAAUUAACUACUUCUAUGAAUUUAAUGUUCAUCUUGUUAUGCUAACGAGGUAUGGCAACUUGGGUCGAUGCAUAUAUGUGCCUGGUCCUAUGUUGUAGCUGACUGACGGACUCACGGUAUUGUCGACCUAAGUAUUCUUCCACCGUUAGUGAAUAGCGAUCACGCUGUUUUGUCACUCACGUUUAGAACUAGGGACAUGUAAUACGAUCAGGUUACACCCCGCCCAAAUGUAUGGAUAGCUAACAUAUCAGCCAUUCAGAAAUGCGCUGCUAAGACAGAUUGGUUUGUAGAUAAUAGUAUUUAAAAGUAAGUUUAGUUUAGUUAGAUCCUCGUUCAUACCAUACCUGGUAUCGCGAAGACCGAAUAACAGUCCACCAUGGAGAACUAAAACAAUCAGGAAACUUCUUAGAAGAAGGGAGAAGCACUGGAAUACGUUCAUCUCUACUAGCUCAUAACAAUACAGAUCCAGUUAUUGUACGAUCAGGAAUGCCUGUAAAACGUUAAUAAUUUCUAGAUAUAGUCCGAAACGGUUAUUCUCGUAUAUAAAAAGGCGAACUCAAAGAAGCGACGGAAUUCCAUCAUUUUUGAUACAAGAAAAUCCGUUGAUCUUGGCAGAAAAUGAUACCGAAAAAGCUGAAGCCUCAUCGGAGUGUUUUCUAUCAGUAAUGAGGAACGAUUAACGAUUCAUUGUGAUUGUGGCGGCUCGCUGAUGGACCUUGUAGUCAUUGAAAAAGAUUCCCACCCACAAGUAAAAAAACGUAAUGAGCUUACCUCAUUUUCCGAAAAUGAAACUGAAUGCCCAGUUUGUUUGAUGCCUAUAGAAGAUCCACUGCGACUUAGUUCAUGCGGUCACUUCGCUUGUUCAGUUUGUUGGAGGAAUUUCAUCUCGUGUCAAAUAGAAAACUUUGCACUGGCUCAUCUCACAUGUGUAGCGUGCUCAGAACUAUUGCAGCCAUCAACUGUGAUUCAUCUCUUGUCUGCUGUUUCGACUCGUCAUGAGUCUUCACAAAAUCCCGUAAAAGAUAAUCAGUAUGACCGCAGUUUAUCUCGAUAUGAAGAAUUUUUACUUCAACAAGCAAUGUCCUGUGAACCAGAAGCGAGAUGGUGCCCAAGAGGUUGUGGUUAUGGAUUGAUAGCACACUCCUUCCACGCCUGUCCGCAAAUUGUCUGUCUUCAUCCAAUGUGCGAAGGACGUUCGUUUUGUUUUAAAUGUAGAAGACCUUGGUCCACUGAUACAACAAAUGAAAGUUCGUCAGAUCAAAAUAAUGUUAUACAUAUUUGUCCGGCUGAACAAGAUAUGCGUAGUAAUGCAUUAGAUGGACUGCGCUCUUUCUUUGGUAUUCGGCGUUUUAGCAGGCAAAUAUCUGGUCAAAAUUUAAUAACAAAUGGCCCUCAACCAAAAGUUUCUGAUAAUAUUUUACCAAUACAUUUAAAUACCUUGACUUCUAUGAAGGGAAAGCGUUCCCAUGUACUGAGAUCUUAUCCCAGUUCUACCAACUACUCCAAUGAUACUCGAUUAUCUAUGGAAGAACUAUUUACAAACGUAGAUCUUGAGAGUGCUAAUACUACUGCUCCUGUUUCAAAGGAAAAACAUCCGAUCUCUGAAUAUGAUGUGGUUAACUCUUCUGAAUCAUCUCCCAAAGUAAAGAGACGUCCUUCCGUAGAUUCUAAUGAUCAAAACUCCUUAGUGAAACCCUGUCCUAAUUGUAAAACGCUCAUACAAAAACUUAAUGAUGGAAGGUGUAAUUCUAUGGUAUGCUCAAUUUGUAAUUAUGAGUUUUGUUGGUUAUGUUUACGGGAAACUACAGCAACUCAUUAUUUGAAUUUUUCCGGUUGUACUGUAUUGGGUCGCAGCCGAUGGUCAAAACUUCGUCGUGUUGUUACUGUUUGUAGUAUAAUGUUAGGUACACCAAUCCUGCUUCCACUCACAGUUGUCAUAGCACUUCCUGCUUUAUCAAUUAACUUCACUGUACUCAUGACCAAACAUGUUAAUUGGAUGCUUCUUUCGAAAUCCAAACACUUAAGACGGUUUGUUCUAUUCUGGGUUGUAAUCGCUGGUCUCAUUGUGUUCCCAGUACUAACAGCCGUAACUUUUGGCCUUUUAAUCCCCGUUGUUUUGGGUUAUGUGUAUUUAUACCUCCCAAUUAGUUUGUUUCGAUCCCUGAUAAGAGAUGAAAGUGAUAUUCUUUCAAAACCGACCGAACUAGAGAAACUACAAUCAGUAAGCCCUAAUCUCGAAAACGAGUUCAAGGCAAAGAGUGAGGAUAUCAGAUCAAAUGAUGGGAGCUUUAGUGAAUCUAAAAUUGUCGUAGUAAACGAAACAGUGCCGAUGGAACGUGAUCAGACAUUAUAAGUGUUUUGUGAGAACAGCUUAUCUCUCUUAGUCUUUCAUUUCUUACCUUUUAUUCAAACAGAAUGAUUUUCUCGUGUCUAUUUAAAUAAGUAAAAAUACAAACUAAUGCCACUUUUUAUAAUUCAAAGCCGAGGCUGUGAUUUGUCGAUUCUAUAUGAGUUUCUUCUUAUUUUAUCUGAUUAUUAUAUUCAAAUCUGCUGUUUGUAUGCUCCAAUAAUUUUUUGGUAAAAAGAAUAUAUACGUUGUUUCGAGU